AUGCAGCAGCUGGAAAGGAGUCUGCAGAAAUCCAGCGUCGAGUUUCAGAAUCUGCAAGCAGAGCUUGAAAAGGCUGUGGAUACGAGACAGACGCUUGCCGGGCAAUUGAACGAGAAUGAAAGCGUUUUAAAGGAAUUCGACGCCCUUCCAAACAAAGGUGUAGGUGCCAAAGUGUACAAGGCAAUGGGUCCCGUGUUGUUGCAGCAAGAUCCAGCAGAGGCGAAGAGCAAUGUGCAAAAGAGGAUAGACUUUAUUCAGGGCGACAUCAGGCGAGCAGAGACGCUGCUCAAAGAGCUUUCAGAGAAGGGCGAAAAGAAAAAGGAAGAGGUGAGGGCGUCGUGGAGACGUCGAGCGAUUCGACAUCUGGCUGAAGCUGUGCUACGGCCCGACCUGGCCAGCUCGUCAGACUACAAUCUCAAUUGCAAGGGGCGGCGACAGGCGGUCCAGGCGAAGGCGCGGAUGUAG